AUGGCGGCGGCCGGGAGCGGCGGGAGCCGGGCGGACAACGGCUACGGCGGGCAGCAGCCGCGGCGCAGGAAGGGCCCGGGCGCGCUGGCCACGGGCUACCUCGUUAUCUACAACGUGGUGAUGACGGCGGGGUGGCUUGUUAUUGCAGUUGGUCUAGUUCGGGCAUAUCUGGCUAAAGGCAGCUACCACAGCCUUUACUAUUCAAUAGAAAAGCCCCUGAAAUUCUUCCAAACUGGAGCUUUGCUUGAGAUUCUGCACUGUGCACUUGGCAUUGUUCCCUCUUCUGUUGUUCUGACUGCUUUCCAAGUAAUGUCAAGGGUUUUCCUGACGUGGGCAGUAACACAUAGUGUAAAAGAGGUACAAAGUGAAGACAGUGUCCUCUUGUUUGUAGUGGCCUGGACAAUCACCGAGAUAAUCCGUUACUCUUUUUACACGUUUAGCUUGUUAAACCAUCUCCCUUAUCUCAUCAAAUGGGCCAGGUACACUUUGUUUAUAGUAUUGUAUCCAAUGGGAGUCUCAGGUGAAUUACUCACAAUAUAUGCUGCAUUACCCUUCGUCAGGCAGUCUGGCUUGUAUUCCAUUAGUUUACCUAACAAGUACAAUUUUUCAUUUGACUACUAUACAUUCCUGAUCCUGGUCAUGAUCUCUUACAUUCCAAUCUUCCCUCAGCUCUAUUUCCACAUGCUGCAUCAGAGGCGAAAGGUACUCUCCCACACUGAAGAGCAUAAGAAGUCGGAGUAAUUCCAACUCUUUUUCAGAACUUUUCAAACAUCAAAAUGCUGCAGUUUUUCAAUACCCAGCACAUUUGUAAAGAGUAUACCAAGAUAAGUCAGAGGUAAAAGACCAAUAAUUUAGCAAGAAUAACUAAAAAUCUGAUUUCAGUGAAAUUCCAGGAUGUCAAACAUUGAAAUAAUUUUCAGCUUGCAGUGCUUCAGAAAACUUAAACUUUAUAUGGCUUGGCAGUUAACCUUUUCCUUAAAUGAUGUGCUAAAUGGUUUUCAUUUAUUACUAAAUGCCUGAAGGUUGCAGUAUGAGUGAUGAAGUUGUACCCACUAAAUGCCUGAAAUGGGAUUAUAUUACUGAUACCUCUUUUUUAAAGUGCUUGACUGCAUGCCAGAAACUGUAUGUAUUGCUGUGAAAGCAAACAGUAUGCUCUGGAAUACUUCAGGAUAAUGUCAGAGACUUCAGUGGAGAAUGUAAUCUGGGCAAAGUAUUUGAAUUUAGAAAGGUAGGUUGUGUAUUUAAAAGGUGAUGGGAACAAGAAUAAGAAACCAAUUACGGAAAAUGAGGGGAAUGUGUUUUUUUAGGAAUUUAAACAGUACAGUGUCUGACCAGAGUGUGCUCUCUGAAGAUCUUGUUUAAGCUGAUCACUCAAAUGCUAAUAUUAAUUCAGAGGCUGUAAUUCUUAUCUGAAACAUCAAAACUGCGAAGUACUGCAUCCCUGAAUACUUUUUUACAUAUUAAAAAAAAAUUAAUACUAACUGUAAUACUUUAGUGGUAUCAGUAAUGAAUCUAAACAAUAUAAGAAGAUAGUUCACCCAGAAAUAGGAGCAGUUCUCCCUUUUUUACUAUAAAUUAUCAUCUCUAGUCAUUGUCUGUGAUACUCUUCUUUCAGUGCUGAGGACUACUUGGUCUACUGUGUUUGGGGGCCUUGUUCCUUAGCCUGACUUUUCUCAAGUGACUUAGGUCAUCACCCUGGCACAUCCAAGCAGGCAGUUCCAGGCACUCAACUUCUGAAGUGUUGCAAAGUCAUAAUCUGCUCCUUGCAGAGCAGAUUCUCAUGUGUUACAUGCUGCUUUGCAGACUGGACAAGUCACCCUCAUCUGUUCUUUGGAAAGAGUGGAAGACCACAAGAAGUUAUAUUCUCCUAGGUGCUUUCUCUGGGUUCUCAGGCUUAACCUUUCCUUGGGAAGGUAAAAGGAAAAUGAAAGAGCUGAGAGAGCCUUGUGGUGAGAUAGAAAGCACUAGUGCUGUGUGAGCUGUGCCCCAAGUCUAGAAGAAACUUCUGACUGGAGUAACAGGAAUGAAAGGAACAGAAGGGAAAUGAAUGGAUAUCCAAGCAAAGACAAAAGGAAAUGUAGGUUAUGGCUUUGCUCUGUUAGGAAUUGAUGGCCAAAUAGUCCUGUCUGCAUCCAGUCAGAGUCACUAGACAAGACCAUGUGGGCUUCUCUGGCUUCUCUUGUUACCUGAUUUAGUGCACAGAUGAGGUGUGACCACUCCCAUGCUGCCUUGUGCUGUGCCUGCCAGCACCUCCCCUGGACAUGGCCCAGUUAUGUUUGACACAUCCCAGCUCUUCCUAAACACAGCUGGGAAGUACUGAGGACACAGGCUCUCUGUUCUAGCAGUUGGGAAGCACUGGAUUUACAGUUAUUCAGAUUUAUACUUCUCAGAGUGAUAUUAAAAAAAAUGCAACUUGGAAUUUUCAGUAAUUUUCUUUGGCUCUGUGAAAAGGACCGAAUUUUCCUAACUCUCACUAUAUAGAGCCUUUCCUGUUCAACACAAACAGGAUUAUUAUAAGCAGAGAAAGGGUAAGAGACAAUAAUAUUCUUUGCUUCUAUUUUCAACAUUUUGGAGCCAAUUAUUGACCGAAUUAAAAAACACAGGAGGUUGUAGCAAGUUGGGUGUUGGUCUUUUCUCACAGGUUACAAGCAAUAGGACUAGAGGAUACUGCCUCUUGUUGUGGCAAGGAAGGUCUAGAUGGGAUAUUAGGAAAAAUUUCUUUGUGGAAGGGAUUGUCAAGCAUUGGAACAAGCUGCCCAGGGAAGUGAUAGAGUCACCAUCCUUGAAGGUAUUUAAAAGACCUGAAGAUGUGGUGCUUAAGGACAUGGUUUACUGGGAUUUUGCAGUGUUAGGAUAAUGGUUGGACUCUAUCUUAGGGGUCUUUUCCAACCCAAACAAUUCUGUGAUUCUAUUACUAUGGCUAUAUACAACCUCAAAAUGGUUUUGGAUUCAAAGAUGCAACAAUACAGUCCUUUCUGUAUUAGGUUAUGUGCUUUGUUGUAGUGAUCUGAGAAAUGUUACAUUAUUCUGAACUCAUUGUUUGAACGUGUGAGCUUCCACCUCUGAACAAAACAUGUCCUUUUGUUGUAUUUGCUAUUAAAGAAGUUAAUGUCAA